GAAGGAAACCUCAUCUCCUUCCUUGGGGAAAGACAGAGCAGACACAGUGAUCAUCGGUGGUGGUUGUGUUGGUGUGAGUCUAGCCUAUCACUUGGCUAAGGCUGGCUUGAGAGAUGUUGUUCUGCUGGAAAAAUCUGAGCUCACUGCAGGAUCUACUUGGCAUGCAGCUGGUUUAACUACUUACUUUCAUCCUGGAAUAAACCUGAAGAAAAUCCAUGCUUACAGCAUCAAACUCUAUGAGAACCUGGAAGAAGAGACUGGACAGGCAGUGGGGUUUCAUCAGCCUGGCAGCAUCAGAAUUGCUUCAACCCCUACCAGGGUAGAUGAAUUUAAAUACCAAAUGACUCGUGCUGGUUGGCACCCAACAGAGCAGUACCUAAUCACACCUGAGAAAGUGCAAGAGCUGUUUCCCUUAUUGAACAUGGAUAAGGUUUUAGCUGGCCUGUAUAACCCUGGAGAUGGUCAUAUUGAUCCCUAUUCUCUCACUAUGGCCUUGGCUGCAGGAGCCAGAAAAUAUGGUGCCCAGUUAAAUUAUCCUGUGCAAGUAACUAACCUGAACUCCCGAUCAGAUGGGACGUGGGAUGUUGAAACUCCACUGGGAACAAUUCAAGCAAAGAGAAUUGUGAAUACUGCAGGCUUCUGGGCCCGUGAUUUAGGCAAGAUGAUUGGCCUGCAGCAUCCUCUCAUACCUGUUCACCAUCAGUAUGUUGUGACAUCAACUAUCCCUGAAGUCAAAGCCCUAAAAACAGAACUGCCUGUGAUUCGUGACUUGGAAGGAUCAUAUUAUCUAAGGCAAGAGAGAGAUGGCCUUUUAUUUGGUCCAUAUGAAAGUGAGGAGAAGAUGAAGCUGCAGGACUCAUGGGUUGAAAAUGGAGUCCCACCAGGUUUUGGAAAAGAACUUUUCGAGUCUGAUUUAGACAGAAUAAUGGAGCAUAUUGAGGCUGCUAUGGAAAUGGUCCCUGUUUUGAGAAAAGCAGACAUCGUAAACACAAUUGCAGGUCCCAUCACCUAUUCUCCAGACAUUCUUCCAAUGGUGGGACCACAUCAGGGUGUCAGAAAUUACUGGGUAGCUAUUGGUUUUGGGUAUGGCAUUAUACAUGCUGGUGGUGUAGGAAAGUACCUCAGUGACUGGAUCCUUGAGGGGGAGCCUCCAUUUGACCUGAUAGAAUUAGACCCAAACCGCUACGGAAAGUGGACAACCACAGAAUACACAGCAGCCAAAGCAAGAGAAUCUUAUGGGUUUAAUAACAUUGUUGGUUACCCUAAAGAAGAAAGAUUUGCUGGGAGACCAACAGAGAGAACCAGUGGGCUGUACGAUUUGCUCAAGUCAAGAUGUUCAAUGGGCUUUCAUGCAGGAUGGGAGCAACCUCACUGGUUCUACAAACCUGGUGAUGUGACUGGAUACAAACCCAGUUUUCGGCGCACAAAUUGGUUUGACCCUGUGGGUCGUGAGUAUAAACAGGUUAUGGAAAAAGUUGGUGUGAUUGACCUGUCACCAUUUGGCAAGUUUAAAGUAAAAGGCACAGAUUCUGUUAAGCUGCUGGAUCAUCUAUUUGCAAAUGUUGUUCCAAAGGUGGGUUCCACAAAUAUAAGCCAUAUGUUAACACCAGGAGGAAAGGUUUAUGCUGAGCUCACAGUCUCUCAACUGUAUCCUGGAGAAUUCAUGCUUGUAACUGGCUCAGGAUCAGAGCUCCAUGAUCUGAGAUGGAUAGAAGAGCAAGUAACACGUGGUGACUACAAAGUGGAAAUAGCAAACGUGACGGAUGAGAUGGGAGUACUCAGUGUAGCGGGUCCAUAUGCACGACAGGUCCUGCAGAAGUUGACAAAUGAGGAUCUCAGUGAUGGUGCAUUUAAGUUUCUCCAGUGUAGACAUCUGAAGCUUUCCAACAUUGCUGUUACUGCAAUUAGGAUAUCAUACACGGGUGAAUUGGGCUGGGAGCUCUACCACAGGAUAGAAGAUUCUGUGGCUCUUUACAAUGCAAUCAUGGAAGCUGGACAAAAUGAAGGAAUUGACGACUUUGGAACAUAUGCUCUGAAUGCUUUAAGGCUGGAAAAGGGUUUCCGAGCCUGGGGGGCAGAGAUGAACUGUGACACUAAUCCCUUGGAAGCAGGACUGGAAUACUUUGUAAAGCUAAACAAG